AUGAAUCAAUUAUGUACUGGUUUUACCUUACUUAUACUAAUAUUGUAAACAAGUUAAUAGCUUUUUCAACUUGAUUAAAAUGCUUAAUAGAUAUCCUUAAACAGUAAAUGGUAUCCUGUCGAUUCAUAUAUCGGUAUACUUUUUAAAUAUUGCCCUUUGAGUGAUAUAUCUCAUAUAGGAUCUGUUUAAAGAAACCAAACCUUAUCUUAUUUAUUAAAUUUAGGAUAUGAGGAGCAAACAGAAAACUUACUUUUUAUUCAUUAUGUGCAAUUUAACCCAGAAAUGAGAAAAAUUGUUCAUUUUGUUUAGCUAUAUAUAAAAGAUUAGAUUAUGGUAGAAGAAUUUGAAUUUAAUCCUAAUGAUUAUGAAGGCAAAUGGCACUUACAAUACAUAUAUUAUGAUUUAAACUAGAAAAGCAUUAUAUUAGGUUUUAUGUAAAAAGAAUGGAAGAUAGAAAGAAGCAUAAAAUCUCUAAACUUUUACAACCAAGAGAUUAAAUUCAUUUUGGGUGGAAGUCUAAAGGUAAAUAUAAAGUCUUAUUUUUAGAGAUCUGCUAAUUCUUACUAAGGGGACUUUCUAUUAAGUAGUUUUCCUGGAAAAAUGAAAUUAAUCUUCCUAGAACAGAAUAAUAAGAAAGAGUUUUAUCUAACAAAUCUAGAUGUCUGUGAAUCAAAUUCGAAUACUUUAGUUAACGAAUUUUAUGAUUUUUCGACUCCAUCUGCUCAAUUAAAUGUAGAUAUAGGUUAUGACACACAAUAUUUAAUCCAAUUUUGGGUAAAAAUUGAUAAGCAUUCUAACUAAUUUAAGAAAAUUUAAGUUAUAAGGAUAUCUGUUAUGUACAAAUUAGAUAAGGAAAAUCAAAUUGAAUUAAUUAGUUUUUCGCUAAAUUAUGAAAGAAAAAAUUCUUAAUGGUUUUAUUGCCUUAAAUUCUAUUCGUAUAACUAUCCUUAUAUUUUUUCAAUUAAUCACAUAGAAGAUUUUUUGAAUAUUUAUUUAGAAGAGAUUGAAUAUGAAUUUCUCUUUUCAUGGCAUUUUGUUAAAAUAAUCUAUUAAAAUAAAAAGAUUAACUAUCUGAUGAAAAAUUUCUUAUUUAACAAAUAGUAUGUGAAACAAUUUGACAACACAUAUUAAUUUUCUUGUUUAAAGUUUACUAUGGUUUUAGGCGAAAAUACUAAUGAAAAUUUAAUGAGUGGGCAAAUUUUAAAUGUAAAAUAUUAAACUUGUCCUUUUAUUGAGACUUUUAAUGAUGUUUAAUUUAGCCAGUGCCAUUACUCAUGCCAAACUUGCUAUGGACCUAAUAGUAAUCAUUGUUAGUCAUGUGAUGAAUCAACAAAUAGAUUAUUCAAUCCAUUAGAUAACACUUGCAAAUGUAAACUAUGGUAUUUAGAAUUGAAUGAAGAAGUUUAAUGUUAUGGAAAAUCUGAGUUAAAUCUAAUAGAGACUGAAAAUUACUUACCAAUAGACACAAGGUAUGAUGAAAUUUAACCCAUCAUUCAAUGUGCUUUUGGGUAUUUUCGAUUUUAAGAUUAAUGCAUUAAAUGGUAUUAUAUAUAUAAUUAUAAGUCCAUCUGCAUCAUAAAAAGGGUCUAUUUAAUGUCUAGAAUGUUUUCUUUAUCCAGAUACAUGGGUUUAAAGUGGCGAAUGUUUUUAAUAAUAUUAGUAACUAGACAGAGAUGAGAGAAAUAUUUAUCAACACUUUUAUGAUCAUUUAGCAGUAUGGUCAGGAUUUUAUUUGUUCGUUGAUGAAGAGUUAUUUUCAUGCGAUAAUUGUGAAUUUUGUUCAAGGGAAGAAUAUUUAGAAGAUUUAGCUGCUGGAGUUAAUUAUUGUGUUUUAUUUCCUUUGAAGCAUAUUUUUUAAGAUACAUAUAUUAAAUGUACAGUUGGGGAUUUAGAUUUAGAAACAUUUAAAUGUUAUUUUAAACCUCGUCCUAGAUUGAUUCCUAUUAAUAGAGGUACAUGUAAUGAAAAUUGUGGUUUUUGUUCCUUAAGAAUUUGUUAUUAUUGCAAAGAUUCUCAAUAAUAUUUUAGUGAUUGGAAUGGAAUAUGUCGAAAGUGUAGCAUUUAAAAUUGCAAGUAUUGUUUUUAAUACAAUUAAUAUGACUUAAAUUAAGUAUCUGCAAGGAAAUCUUUUUAAAUUAAUUUAAAAUCUGAAUUAGAAGAAGAUUAUAUCAUAGCUUGUUCACUUUGUUAUCCAGGAUAUAUUUUUAAUUUUACUAUCAAUAAAUGUAUUAAAAAUGAAUUAUAACUUCCAUGUCUAAAUGCAUUUAUAAAUUUCGAUUCAGAAUUAAUUUGUACAAGUUCAAUAUUACACGAACAAUUUAUUUAAAAAGCACUGGAAACUUUUGGUUGUUCUACAUAUUUUUAAUUUUGUGUAAAAUGUGUUGCUGAUAAUUUUAAAAUGGUGUAGUGUACAAAAUGUGAAGAUGGAUACUAUCUUAAUUUUCAUAAUAAAAUUUGUAUGCCUUGCUCUGAUGUAAUAAAGAAUUCAAUCAAAUGUUCUAUGCUUACAUCUUUUUAGGAUUCAUGGAAAUAUGAAGUUAUGAGUUUCUAUAAUAAUUUUUUACCAGAUAAAGUUCCAAUUUUAAUAUCAGGGUUUUAUUUUAUUUAAUAUUAUAUUGUAGAUGAAUGUUAAGUUGGUUAUAUUAAUGAUUAUAAUAAAUGUUUAGUUGCAGAUGAUUAAAAUUGUUUAAAGUGGAUGCUUGACAAAAAUGGUGUAGUUUGUAAAACUUGUAAAUCUUAAUCAAAUUAUUAUUCAUCAUCUUCUUUCUUCAAUAAAAAAUGCCAAAUGUGCCCUUAUCCUUGUACUGUUUGUUAAAAAAGAAGAAAAGAAGAAAUAAAUUUAAUAAAUCCAUAUUUUAUUUUAAACGAGCAAACUAUUAACUAAACAUAUUAAUGUCUUUUAAAUUUUGAUACCUAAUAAAGUUAUAUUCAUUAAAAGUUAGGCAUCAUAUAACCAUUAAGUAAAAAUGGAACCAAAUAACUUACUCAAGUUGAUAAAUUUUUUAAUUAACAAUAAUCUAAAAGCUUCCAAAAUAUAACUGAAUUAGAACUGUAAUAUCUAAUUUAAAGAAGCAUACAUACUUAUUAAGUACAUUAUACUUCUCUGCCUAAUGCAAACCCAAUUAAUCUCAGAAGCCUCAUUUUUUCUUUAUAAUAUUCAAACUUUUAUUAUGAUGGCUAAAAUGAAACUUAUUCUGAAUAACGAAUCGAAAUAUUUAAUUAAUCCAAAGUACAUCUUUAAAACGUUAAUUUAUUUAAUGAAAAAAAUAUUUUGAAUAUUAAUUCAUAUUAUGGAGUGGAAGUUUUUAUUAAGAAUCUUACUCUUUCAUCAAUUAACGCUUAAUAAUCAUUAAUUGAUUUAACGAAUAUAGCUAAUUUAACUAUCUCUAAUAUUGAAAUUUAUGAAUUUCUAUUUUAAUCAUCAGCUGUCAUUUCAAUUCAUAAUUUAUAUCGGACAAAUCAGUAGAAAACAAAUCUGUUAUUUUAUAACAUUAUACUAUCAAAUUGCAUUUUUACCAAUAGUGUAAUUUUACGUAUUAAUAAUUACAAAAGUAAUAUUGGCAAUUUUAUCAUUAAUAAGAUUCGAAUUUUCAAUUGUACAUUUUAAAACUCUACAAUUAUUUCUUUCUCUUAACAGUCUAAUUUUGAGAGAAUAAAAGUAUUAGAUCUACAGAUAAUAGAAUCUAGAAUAUUUGAAUCUGAAUUUUUGAAAAUACCAAUUAGUAAUUACAUACUUAUAAAUUAACUUUAGAUUCGAAAUUCUAAAAUCUCUUAAGGAAUUCUAAUCCAAUCCACUUCAUCUUCUAUAUUUUAAGAAGCAGUCUUUUUUAAUUUGAAAUUAAAUAACAGUACACUCAUCCUUCUUAAAGGGUACUUGUCAGAAAAAAAUUUUAAUCACAUAUUAUAAAACUUAACAAUUUAGACCAUAUAAUUUUUGGGUUAAAGCCCAUUCAGAAUUAUAUAUCGAAAUGAUUAUUCAGGUUAAAUCAACAUUCGAGGUUUAUACUUAGAAUAAGACAAUAUGAUUUAUGAAAGUAGUUAAUUUAAUUGGAAUGAUUCAAUAUGUUUAUUUGAUUUCUAAAGUUUAUCAAUUUAAAUCAUUGAUUUCAAAGCAAUUAAUAAUUUGAAUUUUUAAAUAUUUUGUUUAAACAAGUUUGAAAAAAUUAUUGUCAAAAAUUGUAUCAUUUAAUAAGAAUAAUAAGGUUUUAUAAAUCAAGAUAAAAAAUUAAUGAAUUAAGGAUUCUUGUUUAUAAAAGAUUUCAUAGAAAUAAAUAUACAAAAUAUAAAAUUAAAUAAUUUAUAUGUAGUAGAUUCAUCAUUAAUUUAUAUUUUAUCUAAAUAUGAUGCAACAAUAAAUUAAACUAUCACGAUCAAUGGCUUGAAUGUCACAAAUAACUUUUUAAUUAAAUAAUAAUUAUAUAUAGUGCCAUCAUUUUUAUAUAUUCAAUCAGAAUAUUACUGCAACAUUCAAAUAUAAAUGAUAAAUUACGAGAAUAAUAUUAUUUUGUAUUAAAUUGAAGAUUCAUAAACAAUAGCUCCUUCUCUGUUAUUUAUUUAAGUAAAAUAAAGCACUAUAUAAUUGUAAGAAGGGCAAUUUAAAUAAAAUUAAAUAAGAAAUUCCAGAAAUUCUCAUAUAUAUUUAAACUCUGAAAAAAUAAUAUUACAGUCUUUACUUGUUUAAGAUAUUAAUACAGACAAUUAAUAAACUAAUUUAAAUUUUUCAACUAUUUUAAGUUUCUCAAAAGGAGGAUUAGGAUAAUUGAUAGGAUAAAAUAUUUUAAUUCUUGAUGUAAUAUUUUAAAAUCUCAUGGCUUAUUAAGGAGGCUGCUUAUUUAUUAAUCUCAUUGAUAAAAGUAAAGUUUAAAUUGAAAAUGUUUUUAUUAAAAAUUCGAUAAGCUGGAAUAAUGUGAGUUUAAAUUCUUAUGGGGGAAGCUUUUAUAUAGAUGCCACAAAUUCAGAGUUAGAUUUACAUUUGAGAAAUCUUACUGUAUAAUUUUCGAUUAGCAAAGAUUCUGGAGGAUUUAUAUAUUUACUUCCCUCAUAAAUAUCAAAUAAAUUAAAAAUUCUUAAUUCAAGUUUUAUAAAUUCGUUUUCAUAAGAAAAUAGCUUAAUUUCAUAUUUAUGUGAUUUUUUCCUUAGUAAUAAUUAAUUUGAAUUCAAAAAUAAUAUUAUUUAAAUAGACGAAAGCAUAUAUGAAGUUUUUAUUCUAAUCAACUUUUAAAUUCCAAAAUCAAGUUAAAGUGGAAUGAUUGUUGUAUCUAAUAGGUAACUUUAAUUAUAUAAUUUUAAGUAAAAUUAAUAUUGAUUCUGUGUUAAUUAAAGGUUCCUACCCAGUUUCUAUAUUUAGUUUAUCCUUCCUUUAACAUCUUAGUAUAUCUAAUAUUAAAAUUAAUAAUGUUUAAAAAUUUGGAGGUCCUUUUAUAUUUAUAAGUAAUCAAUAAACACAUUCUUUAUCUAAAUAGAUUUUAAACUCUUUGUGGUUAAGUAAAAUAGAAAUAAGUAAUUGCAAAAAUAUGAAUCCUUUAUAAAAUGGUUCAUUUUUGAAUAUUCAACUUUUGAACAAUAUCUAAUCAAAAAUUAAAUUGCAAGAACUAUUAAUAAUUCAAAAUAAUUGUUCUAAUUGUCAAGAUAGUUUAAUCAAUAUAAAAUUAACUGAAUAAACAAAAUCAAUAAAUUUUUAUUAAUUGUUGUUUUUCGAAAAUGAUUGUGGCUUUCAUUCUUGUUUAUCUACAAAUUCAAAUUAAAAUAUAACUUAAAUAAAUGUAAAUCAUGGAUUAUUUAUCUAAAAUAAAGGUUUUAUGAAUGGAACACUUAAUUUAUAAGCUUCAUUAAUUAAUUUAAAAAAUUUAAUUUUUAUUAAUAAUACAGCUGAAAAAGGAGGUGGAUAUUAUUCAAAAUAUUAUAAUGAACUUAGAAUAAAAAGCCUCUAUUUUAUUUAAAAUAAGGCUAAUAUAGGGGGAGCCAUAUAUUUAAGUACAAAGAAAUUAUAAAAUUCAAGCUUAAAUUAAAUUUAAUUAAUAGGAAAUAAAGGUAAAUUUCCAAUAGAUAAUAUAUAAGAAUAGCCAAGUUUUAUUAUGUUAUAAAUAUUCCAAACUGAUAUUGAAACUAUUAAUUUGGAUGGAGAAGAUCAACCAAAUCUUAAAAAGUCUUUUAAUUCGAAUUACAUAUAUUUGCCAAGUGGAUAAAAAAUUGGAAACUACUAAAUAUUUUCAAAAGAAUUACAAAAUUAUAAAAAUUAUAGCAUUGAUUUAAAAUUUUACUUAGCUAAUAAUUUAGAAUAAAGAAUUUUCUAAUUAGAAAAUUAGAAUUCGUAUUGUAUUGUUAAACAAAAACAAUUUAUAGGAAAUCUGCCAUAAUCUAAAGUUUAUAAUGAAUUUGUAAUUGAAUACAAUGAGGAAGAUCAAUCGUUUAAUUUUGAGAAUGUAACAAUUAUUUUUGAUCCUUAUUGCUAAAAAGAUUGCUAUCUAAAAAUAUAAACGAUAUGGGAAGUUUAAUCUAAUGAAUUAAUUCAGUUUUAAUUUAAUGUAAAGACAUUUCCAUGUUAAGUUGGAGAAUAUUAUUUUGAAUUUUAAUGUUUGGAAUGUGAUUCAAGUAAAGGAUUUUACUCAUUAGAAACAAAAGCUUCUUAUUGUUUAAAAAUAGACCCAAAAAUAAUUUAAAUGAAUACAAAAAAUUAAAUUUAAUUAUAUCCUGGAUAUUGGAGGCCUUUUCAAAAAAGUUCUAUUAUUUCAGUUUGUGUGAGGAAACCAGAUGUAUGUGAAGGAGGAUGGAUCACUGGAGACUCUUCAUGUUCAAUUGGGUCUAUUGGAGGUUUAUGUGAAGAAUGUGAUAUAUAUAAUAUAAGAGGAUUUGGGUAGUAUUAUCAAAACAAUAAUUUUAAAUGUUAAUAUUGCGAAAAUUUUAUAGGAAAAACAUUUAUUUCAGUAGUUAUAACAAUUUUGUAACUUAUAUAUUAAUUUUUAGAACUUUAUUAUCAACAUACUUAACUGUCAACAGUGCUUAAUUAAUCUUUCUAAAUUUUAAACGAUUAAAAUAUACCACAGUUCAUUAUAAAAUUAUAUUUAGAUAAGGAUAAGGUAUUUUUUUAUUAUAAUUUAUAGAUUAAUCUGCUGCUUUAAUUAAAAUGAUAGUAAAUCAUUUGUAAAUUUUGAUGGGAAUAAAAUCAUUUUAAAUUGAGAUGUAUUCUAACUUAGUAGAAUUUUUAAAUCCUUUUAGCAAUCCUGUAGGUAGUUCAUUAUAUUCAUACGAUUGUUUUUAUAGCUAAUAAUUUAAUAUUCCAAUUAUCUACAUUAAUUUAAUAAUUAAUUUAUUAGUGCCAUUAUUUUAUUCCGUACUUUUUAUCACCAUUUAUCUGAUAGCAAUUUUCCUAAAAAAGGCCAAAUUAUCUAUUACUAUAUAUUUUACUGCAAUUCUUUAUUUAUUAUUCUAUACUUAACCUUAAAUAAUUAAUGAAUUAUGCAGUUUGGCAUCUAAAAGGAGAAUUUCAGGAAUCUAAUAUAUAAAUAAAAAUGUACAAUUCCUAUACUCUACUUAAACUCAUUAUACUUGGAUGGCAUUUUUUAUAAUUCCCUUAUUGAUUUUUGAAGGAGGAAUACUUCCUAUUAUUAUUUUGGGUAAAUUAAUCAAAAUAAGAAAACAUUUUAAUUCAGAAAAAUUUCGAAAAAUAUGGGGAUAUAUGGACAAUUGUUAUGUUAAAUCACUAUAUUUUCAAUGAUUAUUAAGAGUCUAGUUAUUAUUGGGAAAUAAUAAGAAUAUUUUAAAGAUAAAUAAUUAUUUUAAUUUUAAAUUUUAAUGAAGAAUAGAUUAUUUUCAAAGGAUGUCUAAUGUUUGUAAUCCUCUUAUUUUAUUUUUCUGCUGUUCUUCUAUACAAACCUUAUAACGUUAAAUCUUUAAAUGGAUUUGAGUUAGAAUGCAUUAGCUUAUGUGAAAUUAUUAUUCUGAUUACUUGUUUAAAAUAUAAAACUUAGCUUAAUCAAAUAUCAACUAUUGAUAUAAUACUAGAACUAUUAUUUAUAGUUGUUUUUAUAUAUUUUAUUCUUAAAAUUAGUUUAAAGCUGAUUACUAUCUACUAUUUCAAAUAUAACCACCGAUUUGAUAAUAUUAAACAUUAUUUGUUGUAUUAAUUCCCUAGUUUAGGAUUAAAGAAAUCUAUUUUUUCAAAAUUUUUAAAUAUCAAAAAGAAAAAUAAAAAUUUAACAUUAUAGCGAUUUUAAUCAGCAUUUGCUAUGAUAAAACUUAUGAAAAAUAAGCCAAGUAAAUUAUCAUAAUCUAACUACUAAAUAAAAAAAAACUUUUUUAAGGAUUAUACCCUUUAAUUUUCUAUUUAAUUUACAAAUACUUAAAACAAUGAAAAUGGAUUAAUAAAAGAAAUCGAUUAUCAAGAGUAAAGGAUUUAAGAAGUAAUUGAAUGA